AUGCAAGAAAUUCCCAACACAUUAUCAGCCUUAGAAUCAGAGUUUCCUGAACUGGUAAUGUCGUUGGAGAACAUAAAAAAGGAUAAUACUAUCAAAGAAACAAAAAGAUAUGUUAUUUAUCACGGAAUUGAUUCGAAAAGUAACCAAGAAGUAUCAAUAAAGGAAUUUACUGCAGACACUUUGACUAAAGAAGAUGAAUUACGCUAUGUUACCGAAAUUUAUCUUCAAAGAAAAUGUAAUCAUAGAUUUAUUUCACAAAUUUUAGGGUUUACAACAAAAAAACCAUUUGCAAUCAUUACAGAAUUCUUUAAGAAUGGUGUUAUGGCUGAGAAAUUAUACAGAAAUAAUAACAAAAUCGCAUUUUCUGGAACUCACCUUUCAACUAUCGCUCUUGCACUUACACAUUCUUUAUCUUAUAUGCAUAACAUAGGAAUAUCUCAUGCAAACAUCUCAGCAAAUACAAUUUCAUUAGAUGAUAAGAACAUUUCGCGUUUAAAUUUCUUUGAUUUUGCAAAAACUGGCAAAAUGCAACUAAAUUCAGAGCAACCUAUUAUUUCAAACGCACCAGAAACAUUAAAAGACAAUACAUAUACCUCUAAAUCUGACAUUUUUUCGUUGGCCUUUAUUUUUUAUGAAUUUUCAGAAGGAAUUAAUCCAUUUGCAAACAAAAACGACAAAGAAAUAGCAGAACUAAUUAAUAAUCCGUCAAAAUUCUUACAGUUUUCUUCAUCUCCGGCUGAAUUACAAAAAUUAAUUCUUGAUUGUUGGGACCAGAACCCAAAGAAACGUCCAGAAGCAAUCAAAAUAUUCGAAAUGUUCAGUAACGGCCAAGUUUUCUUCAAUAAAACCGAAACAAAGAGAAUUAAUAAUAUAUCUCAAAAAAUCCUUGAAAAUUUCAAAGCAAGAGAAGAAUCAGAUGAAAUAAUAUCAAAAGAAAUCAAGCUUCCUGACCCUCCACAGCGUUAUUUUGACUUCUACAACUUUGAUCAAUCUCCUGAGUUCCAAAUUGACGAAUCCUUGAUAUCCAACCCUUCCCAGCCCAAGUUCAUCGAGAAUCUCAGGUUAAUUGCUUCGAAUCUUAACGAUAAUACUGCAAAGAAAUUUUAUGAUUUGACAGCUCAGUUUACGACGCCCAAAUACGCAUCACAUAUCAGGCAAUAUGUUCUAGAUACUUAUUUCCAAGCAAUGUCCUCAACUAAGAAGCUCAUUGACGUUUGUUACGAAAAUCAAUUUUAUUUCCAUCUUCCUCUCACAGAUGACUUAAUAAAUUCAUCGAUAGAUGUGAUAACAGCCUUAUUCAUAUACAGGCCCGUCUUAAUUACGAGCGAUCUCUUCGAAAUAAUUAAAUUUAUUAUAGAAAAGAAGCCGAAGGACGCUAUCACGUUAUACAGCCUGUAUAUACGUUCAUUACCACCAAUACAUGUUUCGUACCAUCCUUUGAUGGUUCUUCUUGAUAAUUAUCAAAAAUUAUUAUCUCAAUCUGCCUCUUCCAUUCAGUUUGUACGAUUCCUCAACCAGCUGAUCAAAUCCAACCACAUAAUGAAGUCGAUUUUGCAGCCAAGACUCAGCAAAAUCAUAGAAAAUCUGUUUAAUACGCAAGAUUUGGAAGUAAUUAAGGAAACUUAUUCAUUUUUGCUCUGUAACAACAUAACCUACAAUGACUACAAUGUAAUCAACAAACAUCUAUCAAGAGCAGAGCCAAUCCAGUCUUUGUUCCAAUAUUUGUUGUCUCAAAAGGGGAACUUCCCUCCUGAUGUCACUUUUCUGUCACUUUUGGUAAAUUGGUCGCAAGUUAGUACUACAGCGCAAUAUUGUUUAUAUCAUUUUGCGCACCAAUGCGAAGCCAAUUCUUUAUUAAUUUCGAAAACAAAUAUUUGGCUGGACAAAAAUUUUGUGAAUCCUGAUGGUUGUUUCAUUUUGUUGUUGAUUAUUAUGAAGUAUAAAUCAGUUGUACAGAACCUCGUGAAGCACACGCAAUUGCCAUUGAUGCUGAUGAAGUACGUGAUGUCGAAAGAUCCUUUUAUUUUGAUUUCAAUUUCACAAAUCACUCAAAUUUUUGUGAAAAACCUGCAGACGUUCAAUGUUUUUGAUGAAUGCGGUUUCUUCUCUUCUUUCUUCUCUGUUUCGUGCGAAAUAUCUGAGAAAAUUGUUGGAGAACAAACAAUGGCGAUGCUGAGAUAUCUUUCGCAGUUUAGACAUUCUACUGGUUUUGUUCAUUAUUACACAGCUUUGUGUAGGUUUUUGGCAAUGCAAAACGAGUUGUCUGCACAGGCAAUUACAACUAUUUUGUGCAUUUCCAAACAACCAUUAGGUGCACAAAGUUUGGUUCAACUCAAAUUGGAAUCUUACUUCCAUUCUCUGUUGAAUAUCCCUGAAUACAGACAAAUUGCAACUGAGUUCUUUAGAAAUAUUGGUGUUGCAGUUUAA